AUGCACCCAGAUGUGAGAUGUAAACAUGGCGAGCGGGGCGGACGUCACCCAAAAAAUUUCUGAGGCGGAGGGCGAAUUAGAGGGACUUUCUCUCUCCAAUGAAGAGCCCAAGGAUGACCAAAUCAACGAGGAUGACCGCAAGGUGGAAGCCCUUCAGAAUGGAGUGGAAGUGCACUGGGGAUUCGGCUUGCAAGACUUGUACCGGAUCGCUCUCAAAUUUUAUAAAGAUAAGGAAGGAAAAGCUGUACAUCUUGGAUAUGCUGAGAAGUGUUCGUUAGUUGCUCUCACACAGCAGGUGACGCAUGGCCCAUAUGAUCCCGUUUCUUCACCACCAGUUGGAGUGCUGGAUGUUGUUGGAAAAGAUAGAAGGCUAGCAUGGCAGACGCUGGGGUCAAUGGGCCGAGAGGUGGCCAUGGAGCAGUUUGUAAACAAGCUGACCGAUCUUGUUCCAACCUUCCGUCCCUAUGUUGAAGCACUCUGGGCAGACAAAUUAGAGAAGGAGAGAUUAGCGAGAGAAGAAGAAGAAAGAAGGAAGGAAGAGGAGGAGAAGAGAAAGCUUGAGGAGGAAGAGAGGAGAAAGGAGGAAGAGGAGAGGAAAAAGCAGGAGGAAACAAAGCGACAGAUCCAAGAAGCUCUGAAUCAACAGACCUAUGAGCAGUUCCGCUCAUAUGCUGAGCAGCAGUUUCCUGGCAACCCAGAACAGCAAGCAGUGUUGAUAAGGCAGCUUCAGGAUCAACACUAUCAGCAGUAUAUGCAGCAGGUUUACCAACAACAGCUCCUCCUUCAACAACAACAGCAGGAACAGCCUCAAACAGAGGAUGGAAAUUGUCAAGUUGGUGGUGAGAGUCAGACAGAGGGCGGUGAGGAAAGUCCGGCACCUGAAGAAAAUGGACAUGAGUCUGAUGGUGGUGAAGAAGAUUCUGAAGAUGAAGAAACAUCCCAGAAUGUUGCGCCAGCCUCAAUGUGGACAAGACGAGAUAUUCAGGAUUUUAAAGAAUCCAUUCGACGAGAGGGUGGAGAUUCAGUCAUUAAGGUUGGGCAUGGAGAGACUGUAACGGUCCGAGUUCCUACCCAUGAAGAUGGAACAUGCUUGUUUUGGGAGUUUGCCACUGAUAACUAUGAUAUUGGCUUUGGUGUCUACUUUGAGUGGACAAAAGAUACAAGUAAUGUAGUGUCUGUUCACAUCUCAGAGAGUGAAGAAGAGGAGGAAGAGGAAGAACCUGAAGGUGAGGGUGAUGAUGUUGAGAGGUUAGCUGGCCGCAAGCACGAGAAUGGCCGACCAGCCCAGUCAGUAAUAAUUCCUGUGUACCGACGAGACUGCCAUGAGGAGGUGUAUGCUGGGUCUCAUGCCUAUCCUGGCACUGGCGUUUAUUUACUCAAGUUUGAUAAUUCCUACUCCCUGUGGCGGAGUAAAACCUUGUAUUACCGUGUUUAUUACACAAGAUGAAAAAGGAAUCAGGCAUCCACAGACCUGGUCCUUGUUUCCAUGCUUGUAAUUCCUAUAAUGGGGGUAGGGUCAGGCUUAUGUAUGGUUGGAAGAUGUUACUGUAAAUUUUAUUUAUCAGAAGAGUAUGUAUAUGGAGCUACUGAUAUUUUUUAGAAAAAUUGUAGGUAAUGACCUCAAAAGAAAAAGAAAACAUAAAUUAUGGGAAAAUUCAGUUGUUUGACUGAUAAUGUAUGCAUAUUCAAUUACUUAAGCUAAUGUAAGAUGCUAUAUUGAUAUGCAAAGAAAGUUUAUUGAAUCAUGUUUGGAUAUUGUAUAUGUAAGUCAUCAGAUAAGCUCUGAUCCAUUCCUGAAGGUAAGAAGUAUUUAGCCUGAGAAAUUAUUCUUUGAAACUGUAAAAGAUAGUUUUUCUUAUAUGGAUGAAAAAAUUAUUUAUUUGUCAGGAUGAUUAUCUGUGUAGAGUAUAUGAAUAUAAAUUAUAUCAAAUUAACCAUAAUUUUCUUGACCAAGUAUCAAGUAUUUGUGUCUUAACGCAACAUAAUUUUUCUCUUUUCCUCAUCGUCUUUGCUUCUCCUAUUUUUCCUCUUCGUCUUUACUUUUCCGUCUUUUCUUUCCUUUUAGCAUUUCCCUGCUCACCUCUCACCUCUCUCGUCUGCUCUCUCUUGUCUCUCCUCUUUCCAUUUUCCUUUCUCCCUUCACAUAGACAAGCAUACAAAUGCAAACAUGGACACAGACAAAAACACAAACACAUAAACACAUUUGAAUGCAUGCAAGUAUGCACAUACAUUUUAUUGUAAAUAUAUGAAAAAGAAAAACAAUAAAUCCUUAUUGCUUUGUUGUAGAUUCUAAUUCAUUUUAUUUUAUUUGUAGUUUUGAGUAUUGUGUUUUUAGAUAUUGUUGCAGAAUUACUGAUAAUUUGACUAGUUGGGUAUUUGAGGAUAUAGUAAAAUAGAAUAAUUAUUUUUAUGAAUUUGGCAUUUUUUUACAUUGUGUCUGUUGAUACUGCAUUAGAUGGCUAUUUCUGGAAACUCAUGUCCAUUCGUCCUUUUAUCCAAUAUUAGGGAUUUGGCAGCUUGAACGCACAAAUGAUAACAGUAAUGAUAGAGGAAAAAGAACAAGAAAUUCCUACAUAUGUUUAACUUUAUUACUUUUACCUUUAGUUAUAAUUAUUCACCAAUUAGAAAUGCUCAAAAGUGAAAAAAAGUAAAUAUAUAUAUCAGAUACAUAAAAAGUAGGGAUCUUGUACAGUUUAUGGGGUAUGUUUUACUUUUAUCAAAAGUGAAAUAAUGGCAUAUUUGUGGCAGACAGAGGACGUACCAUUCAUGAUAUUUUUUUAUGUUCAUGAUUGUGGAAUAAAUAGGAAUUUAAGUUGCGGUGCAUGUUUACGUUUACGGAUUUUUCUAUAUUUUUUCCCUUUGCCUUCAUGUUACUAAAACACUUUAAUUCAUUUGUGAAUAUUGGUAGUAUUGAUUUGUUCUUUUUUAACCUUGAGGAAAGAGAAAAGCACAAAAUGAUUAUUAGGCAUAAUUUUUAAUGGAAAGGUGUACAAUGUAAUAAUUACAGUAAUCAAACUCAAUGUUUUAUUAAUUGUAAGGAAGAUAUGCAAGGGAUGCUACCAGUAUCAAUUUUAGAUGUUCCACUGAUCUGUUGAUUUUUAGAAUUGCUAACUUCCAAUUUUUCUUAAAUAUUAAGGAAAAGUAAAGAUAUAGUAAUUUCAUGAACUUGCAUACUUAUAGGCCUCAUACUAAAUUUAAUGCAAUAGAAUAGAACACAAACACAAUAAGGUUUGUACAAAGAUGAAAUGGAACACCAAGAAAGUAACAAUAAAUCAUAACAUUUUGAAUUGGAUUUAACACCUCAUAUGAUGAUCAAACCGACACUGAUCAUCUAUUUUUUUUUUUUUUUUAGCCUGCUGAGGAGUCUAUUGUAACUCAAGACUUAAUUGAUUUGGCCUUUUUAUUGUAGCAAUAUUUCCUUUGAACGUGAUAGGGUUCUAUGAAAUUUUAUUUAUUUCAAUAUCUUAUUGACUCAUUGAAAAUCUAGAAAAAAAAACACAUUUGAUGGACUGUACAGGGAAUGGCCUGAAAAAAAGAAGAAAACUUGAGCUGCACUUUGUUGUUUAUCUGCACUUCAGUUUCCAAAUAGAUCCAUGACAUAAACAAGUAAAAGAACAAAUAUCAACAUUUUUUCCCCCUGUUCCCUGUAGAUUGCACAAAUGAAAGACAAGUGCUUCCAAGAAACAAUGUCAUUACAGUAUUAACAAAAUAAGCCCUUUAAUUUGUGAAUUCCUAGUAGGUGCCAGAUAACUGCAUCCAGUUUUGAUUUGUGUUGAGUACAGAUUUUGCAAGUAGAAAAAAAACAAAAAAAAAA